AUGACCCAGGCGUGCCACAUCAAGUGCGUUCCCCCGUACUACAAGGAGUCAGAGCUGUCCAAGGGGGAGUGUGUGUGCCUCGAGCGCAUGGGCAAGAAGCUGACGGAGCUGUCACUGCAGGACGAGGAGCUGCUCAAGCGCAUGCAGCAGGGCACCGGCACCGCUUGA